UUAAACAAGAUAAACGUACAGAAGUAGUCCGUGUCUUCAUAAAGUAGCCUACUCGGCAGGAGACAGGGUUGCCUGUCAGGCAUUGUUCAGGGCUGAAAUGCCCCACGAGCAGGAAACCGUCCUUCACUGCUCGUGCGCACUCAGUCAGCUGACACACUCAAAGUCAUGUGAUUUCAUUUUUUUAGGCAGAUGUAGUGCAAACAGUUGCUGUUAAACAUCUUGAAGUGUUCGAAACAAAGUCUCUAGUAAUUGUAUAUUAUAUCCUCUCGCACGUCCAACAUGGCUUGGACAAAGUAUCAACUAUUUCUUGCGGGUCUUAUGCUAACAACAGGCUCAAUCAACACGCUAUCCGCAAAAUGGGCUGACAUGUUCUCCGCAAAUGGUUGUAAAGACUCCCCUGAACACACAUUUUCCCACCCAUUUGUACAGGCCGUAGGGAUGUUCCUGGGGGAGCUCAGUUGUCUGGCUGUCUUCCACAUGCUGCUUUGUCACGACAGACGGAGACCAGAACCCAAGAUGAACACGGGCCAGAGCUUCAACCCCCUCCUCUUCCUUCCCCCUGCCCUCUGUGACAUGACUGCUACCUCCAUCAUGUAUGUUGCCCUGAACAUGACGAGCGCCUCCAGCUUCCAGAUGCUGCGUGGGGCGGUGAUCAUUUUCACGGGCCUGCUGUCGGUGGCCUUCCUAGGGCGCCGCCUGGUGGCCAGUCAGUGGACAGGCAUCCUCGUCACCAUCCUGGGCCUGAUAGUGGUGGGCCUGGCUGACUUCAUGAGCGGACACAAGGACGACUCGCACAAACUUAGCGAGGUGAUCACUGGUGACCUUCUGAUCAUCAUGGCCCAGGUCAUUGCUGCUGUCCAGAUGGUUCUGGAGGAGAAGUUUGUCUACAAGCAUGACGUUCAUCCUCUACGGGCAGUGGGCACUGAAGGGUUCUUUGGCUUCUUCAUCCUCUCGCUCCUCCUCAUCCCAUUUUUCUACAUCCCGGUGGGCAGCUUCAGCAACAACCCCCGCCACGUCCUCGAGGACGCGCUGGACGCCUUCUGCCAGAUCGGCCACAACCCCAUGAUCAUCCUGGCGUUGCUCGGCAACACAGUGUCCAUCGCCUUCUUCAACUUUGCCGGCAUCUCCGUCACCAAGGAGAUCAGUGCCACCACGCGCAUGGUGCUGGACAGCCUGCGCACCGUGGUCAUCUGGGUGGUCAGUCUGGCUCUGGGCUGGGAGCAGUUCCAUGGGUUACAGGUGUUGGGUUUCAUUGUGCUGUUGGUGGGUGCGGCGCUGUAUAAUGGGCUUCAUCGCCCCCUGCUUGCAAGGAUUCCGUGCUGCGCCAGCAUGGUGGAGGAGGAGGAAGGCAACCCAGCGGAGAGGACGAGAUUGCUGGACGAGGGAAGGGUGCAGGAAGAGAGCUAACUGACCUGAUAUGAUGACCUCGCAACAUACUGAAAGUGUGUGUAUGACAUGGAGAUAACAUAACCUUGUUGCACUCCACACCAUGUGUGUAUGACAUGAAGACGACACAUUUCUCAGAUAACUGUACAUGACAAUAUCUUUAAAACUAUUUUUAACUCCUGGUUGUAAAUUUCAGGUGACAUGUUGAUAGGAUCUUGGAAUAGCCUUCCUCACGGCUUGUUGCAGCAUCGGUUAAAUGUGUCAGUGGUGGCAGGCAUUUUAUAAAUCACCAAAAGGUUAAGCAUAACAUCGUUUGAUAGAGUGCAGUACCGUGUUCAUUGAUAUAUAUGGGUUUACUGUGGUUUCUUACACUUUUAACUAAUAUUUGAUUCUGGGAAAUGGGAAUACAUUCGUUUUGGGUUGAUUUAAUUUCAAUACUUUGGUCUUGACCAGUGUCGUUUGGUGGAUCUCACCGCUGUUUUUCGAUUGGGAAAAUGGGCUUGGGUUCAGUAUUACGGCCUUGGCAUUUAUACUGACCUCUUACUUCUGAUUUCCCCUGGUGUGAAAUCAUGGACUUGUAGUAACUUAGACAAGAUAUUGCAUAUGGCACCAGUGGGCUGUUGGUUCCAUGCUUUUUAAAUUGUUUUUCAUUGUUGCACUGUACAUUUUACUAAUGUAUCACUAGUGACAUGCCAGAAAUAUUUUGUAAUCCAUUGGACUUUCAUGCACAAAGUAGAUGUCCUAACCGACUUGCCAAAACUAUAGUUUGUUAACAAGAAAUUUGUGGAGUGGUUGAACAACGAGUAUCAAUUACUCCAACCUAAGUUUAUGUAAACUUCCGACUUCAACUGUACUUUGUAAUCCAUUGGACUUUUAGUACAUUUUUAGGGCUUUGAAUUUAAACCACACAUUUAAAUGUUAGCUGAAAUGGACCCCACUGACUACUUGUUACAGAAUGACUGACAUUGUGUGAGUACCAAUGCCAUUACCAUUGCACUAUCACAAGUCUGAUUUGGGAUCUAUGAUUCAAUAUUUCCUGCAUGCUUUUACUUGUGACAUUUUUCCCUGUUUUAUUAUCAAACAAUUGCAAUUGUUCUGGAUAUAUUAAUCGACUGACACAUUAUCACAUGUAUAAAAAAAAAAAUGAUUGUAAAGUCUAUUACUAGCCCAUGCUUCUUGGUACAUAUUUUUUUAUCAUGGGUAGCGUGGGUGAAUAUUGCUGGCGCUACCCCGAAGGCUAAGCCAUAGAUGAAAUAAGUUAGUUGAGCAGCCUACCAAGAUCUCAGUAAGUGAAAGGGAACUGUUCUCAGGACCAAUAUUCAUAUUUAGGUUUUUGUAAGACUUAUGUUGCACCUUUUGAUUAGGACAUAAAUUCGCGAUUCGUGAUUUUAAAGUGCCAUGUGAACAACGUUGACUGGAUGUAUUGAACUUGGCUCAAAAAAGUGGAAAUGGAGAGGGUUUUCAGUUAAAUGUUUAAAAAAAAAAAAGAAUAAAUAAAUAAAUAUAAAAAAUUGCUAAUGUUUUUAGCACUUGAGUUCUGUGCUGUAUUAUACUUAGAGGGUCGUUCCAUGAAAAUAAUGCCUUUUGUGUCCCUUUUGUUGUUUUAAGUAGAAAUUGUGCACCAAUAUAGCAUUUUUAUGAAGUGCCCUUUAGUAUAGACCAUAUCGAGAAUUCCAUAAAUCAGAUUUUUAAUAUGAAUAAAGGUUUGCUAAAGUGCUCAAAUUCAGCAUUUUGACAUGUCCCUCCGUCAACCCUGGGUCACUUCUAGGAAGAUUGUAACCCACUUAAUCCCAAAAUGUCUCCAAGUUCCACCAUCAUUUUAAAACGUUAGUUAUUUUGUUGCUUUGACAGUCAUUUCUGAAGAUGUAUUUAUUUCAUGUGAUUAGUGACAUUUACAUCUGUCUCUCAUUUUAAGGUCAACUCUGUUUCCUGAACUUAACUCAUUUUAAUAUGGUGAAACUAUUCCUUUUUAUUUUUUAUUUUUUUCAAAAGAAACAUUGAACAUCUAAUCGUCAAUUCAUAGAGUAAAAGCAGGUGCGCUGGUU